AUGUACGUGGUGCCGCCACCCCAUGGAUCGGAUCCGGCGUCUACAGCCGGCGGGUCGAGUGAUUUACGGGUUUACCAAACUUGGAAAGGCAGCAAUGUAUUUUUAUUUCAAGGGAGGUUUAUAUUUGGACCAGAUGUAAGAUCAUUAGGGCUGACUAUUUUACUUGUAGUAGCUCCAGUGUCCAUUUUCUGUGCGUUUGUUGCCACGAAAUUGAUGGAUGAAUUCUCUAAUCACUUGGGUAUUUCAAUCAUGGCUGUUGCUAUUGUCUUCACUCUCUAUGAUUUAGUUCUUCUACUACUAACAUCUGGAAGAGAUCCUGGUAUAAUUCCGCGCAAUGCACACCCUCCAGAGCCAGAAGGUUUUGAUGGGAAUGUGGAUGCUGGUUCAGGUCAAACUCCACAGUUACGAUUGCCACGCAUUAAAGAAGUGGAGGUCAAUGGAAUCGUUGUGAAGAUCAAGUAUUGUGACACUUGCAUGCUUUAUAGGCCUCCUCGCUGCUCACACUGUUCUAUCUGCAAUAACUGUGUAGAACGAUUUGAUCACCACUGCCCUUGGGUUGGGCAAUGUAUCGGAUUGAGAAAUUACCGAUUCUUCUUCAUGUUUGUGUCAUCUACGACCCUUCUUUGUAUAUAUGUUUUUGCAUUCUGUUGGCUCUACAUUAGAAGGAUCAUGGCAUCAGAGGAGACAACAAUUUGGAGAGCCAUGAUUAAAACCCCAGCUUCCAUUGUUUUAAUAGUUUACACGUUCAUUGCAAUGUGGUUUGUUGGUGGUUUGACUGCCUUCCAUUUGUAUCUAAUCAGUACAAAUCAGACAACAUAUGAGAAUUUCAGAUACCGAUAUGAUCGUCGAGAAAACCCCUACAAUAAAGGAGUGGUUGGGAAUUUCUCAGAAAUAUUUUGUUCUAGCAUUCCGUCAUCCAAGAACAACUUCAGGGCAAAGGUACCCAGGGAACCUGUGCUACCAACCCAACCAGGUGGUUUUAUGAGUCCAAAUAUGGGGAAUGCCGUGGAUGACAUAGAAAUGGGUAGAAAAGCUGUGUGGGGUGAUGUGGGGGCUGGCAUCGACCGGUGUGAAGGGCAAGUCAGCGACCGUGUAAAUGUUAAGGAGGAUGAAUUAGGAGAAUUGACCCCAGAAAUUAGAAGUACGGUAGAUGGCAGAGGUGAUCGUGCCAGGCGGUCGAGUUGGGGUAGAAAAAGUGGCAGCUGGGAAAUGUCACCUGAAGUUGUUGCUUUGGCAGCUAGAGUUGGGGACUCAAAUCGAGCAGUUGGGAGUAGCAGCAGCAACUUGGCAUCCGAGAAGACCCAGACGUGACCAAUGAUGUAAUACUGAGAGUAGAGGAAUAUGGAAAUCAUCGCUAAGGUUGCUUAACUUCCUUCUUCGAUUGUUCGCUUUUCGGCGAGGUGUUUGAAAGUGUGCGUGUAUGUGUUGGUUCCUCAAAGGAAGAACUGGUGUGGUGGUUGUGUAAGAGUGAGCUUUGAUGUUGUAUUUGUGGAAUUUAGUUAGUUUCCAAUUUUGUAUUAACCCUGUGGAUUGGCUUGUCAAAUGGGGUAAAUUUGCAAAAUGUGCACAAAAGGUGGGAUAGUUAUGGUAUCA